UAAGUUAUUUCAACAACUUUUCAAAAUUUUGAUUUUCUUUCAUUAAAAAUUUCCGUUGAAUUAAAAAAAAGCAUUCAAAAAAUUAAAACCUCAAAAAAACCAAAACCAACAUGACCGAAGAAAAGAAAAUGCCCAACUAUGUGAAAUUUAUAAUCGGUGGUGCUUCUGGUAUGACCGGAUUACUAUUUGUACAACCCAUGGAUUUGGUUAAAACUCGCAUGCAAAUGGCUGGUAUUGGUGGCAAGGAGAGUGAAUACAAAAAUUCCUUGGACUGUCUAAUGAAAGUGCUGAAAAAUGAAGGUUUACUAAAGUGUUGGCAUGGUCUGGGAGCUGGUUUAUUAAGACAGGCUACCUAUACUACGGCAAGAAUGGGGGUUUAUCAGAAUUUAAUAGAAGCCUAUAAAAACCAUACUCAACAUGCCCCCACAGUACCGGCAAGUAUGGGUAUGGGCAUAAUGGCGGGAGCCGUUGGUGCUUUUGUAGGAAAUCCAGCCGAUGUGGCCCUCAUACGUAUGGUAACCGAUGGUAAAUUGCCACCAGCUGAAAGAAGAAAUUAUAAAAAUGUAGCCGAUGCAUUAACAAGGAUUCUUAAAGAAGAGGGUUUGCCGGGGCUAUGGAAAGGUUGUCUACCCACGGUGGGUCGAGCCAUGAUUGUAAACAUGUGCCAAUUGGCUUCCUAUAGUCAAGCGAAAAACUAUUUACAAAAAGGACCUCUACAAAUGAAAGAAGGUUUUGGUGUGCAUGUUGGUGCUAGUUCUUUUUCAGGCCUUCUUACAUCAAUAGCAUCACUCCCCAUGGAUAUUGCUAAGACUCGUAUACAAAAUAUGAAGACUGCGCCCGGGGCAAAACCAGAAUACUCCGGUACCAUAGACGUUCUAGUAAGGGUGUGUCGUAACGAAGGACCAUUGGCUUUAUGGAAAGGUUUUACCCCGUAUUUUGCCCGUUUGACGCCUUUAACUAUAUUGAUUUUCGUCUUUCUGGAGCAGUAUAAUAAAUUGUAUUAUAAAUAUGUUUUGGGCACUGAGGGUGGUUCAAGUUUGUAAAAAAAAAUAGUUUUGUUCAGUUCGUUCUAAUAUAUUUUUAACAACAAAUAAAAAUAGUUUCU